UUUGUGUUACUGUAUGCGUGUGUAUCGCAUAGCUCAUGCGAUCGGCUUGAGAAAACAAAACACUAGCAUUUUAUGACACAGUCGAAAUUGACAAAUAGAUUUCUACGGUUAUCACAGCGAAAGUGAGCGGAAAACUACGCGAUAGGUCGAGUGUGAAGGAAAAAGAAUACAAAGUCAACAUUCAAGAUGAGCAUUGCAACGACCGAAGAAAUUGAAAAUUUACCAAAUCGUCCAGAGGUGCUAUUGAUUGACGUUCGUGAUCCACCCGAAAUCAAAAGCACUGGACUAAUUCCAACCAGCAUUAACAUUCCGUUGGGUACAUUGGAAGAAACGUUAAAAUUACCAGGCGACGAAUUUAAGACGCGUUUUGGUCGUGAUAAACCGGAAAAUGAAACGGAAAUCAUAUUUUCGUGUCGUCUCGGUGGUCGUGCGGCAAAAGCGGCCGAAGUGGCAAAAACGCUAGGAUUCGACAACAGUCGGGUGUAUCAAGGCUCUUGGUCGGAAUGGGCUGCACAUAAAAAUCUUAAUUAAAACAAAAACAUCUUCCUUUCUUACAUACAAAACAAAAAAAAAAUUUGCUUGCAUUUAUUGAUUGUCAUAACUUACUUUCUACAUUGUAAUAAAACUUUUCGAAAGUGGUAAAAA